ACGUUAUUAUUGCAUGAGGUGAGGGCAUCAAAUCAUGCAACGUCAGCUGUGCAAUAGUGAGAGAGUGAGAGAGUGAGAGCAGGGCAAGCUGGUCAGGUCAGCUGUGGACAUGUGAAAAAGAGGCGUUGCGUUCGAGGUCUGGCGGGUUCCAGGCGACUUCUGACGUUGAUCGUUUGCGUUGUUGGGCUUCGACAUCCACCAGUUGGCGCCGAUUCGUGAUUCAAGUCUUUCUUAAACCAGCCUCCUCCAGCUUCAGCUUCUCUCGUUCUCUCGCAUAUCUUUCACAUGUACAUACGACGUAGCGAAUAGCGAUACCGGGCAAACUACACGAAAGCGAGGGAGCUCGAAUAAACCUUCCCUGACCUUACCUUACCUAGGCAACGGAUCCAACAGCGAUCAGCCUUGCUCGUCCUGCAGCCUGGUGGAGAGGGAAAUAGCUAUUUACGUGUCCGCCGUCGUCCGAUUUCUCGGAUUCACUCGAUGUAUCAAAGUAACCUUUCUCAGAGAGGCCCCUCCUCUAUGACCCACGACAACCUCCGCUCUCCCAACGCCAUACCUCCGCGAACGUCCUCGACCGGUCAGAAUGGACUAAACCACGUUGCGUCGAAACCUGUGUUGAAGCCUGUGCCGGAGGGAGACUGGAUCAGUCAGAGGAAACGAUCGAUUUCGAACAUGGAGGCCGUUAAUCCUACGAUCCAACCUUCGGGUGGGCCCGACCCGUCGAAAUAUUACAAAAACGAUAUGGCGUUCAAUGGGAAGGGGAGCUGGUCUGCGACGAAGGAGAAGGUGUUGCUUGGGCCAUAUGAUUAUCUGUUCGCACAUCCGGGCAAGGAUAUUCGGUCACAAUUCAUCGUGGCUUUCAAUGAAUGGUUGGAGGUCCCGGCAGAGAGUUUGGAGGUCAUUACAAAGGUUGUGGGGAUGCUACAUACGGCUUCGUUGCUGGUUGAUGAUGUGGAGGAUUCGUCGUUGUUGAGAAGAGGGUUGCCAGUCGCGCAUAGUAUCUUUGGGACGGCACAGACGAUCAAUUCGGCGAAUUAUGUCUAUUUCCUGGCCCUGCAGGAAUUGACGAAGCUGAAGAAUCCGAAGGCUGUUAGCAUCUAUACCGAGGAGCUGUUGAAUCUGCAUAGAGGUCAGGGCAUGGAUUUGUUUUGGAGAGAUACUCUUACAUGUCCGAGCGAGGACGAUUACCUAGAGAUGGUGGGCAACAAGACUGGAGGAUUAUUCAGAUUAGCCAUCAAGCUGAUGCAAGCAGAGAGCGGCAAGCUCAAAGACUGCGUCCCCCUAGUCAACCUCAUGGGCAUAAUCUUCCAAAUCAGAGACGACUACCAAAACCUCUCCUCCCCAGAAUACUCCCACAACAAAGGCCUCUGCGAAGAUCUAACCGAAGGCAAAUUCUCCUUCCCCAUCAUCCACAGCAUCCGCGCCCGCCCCGAGAACAUGCAACUCCUCAACAUCCUGAAGCAAAAAACGGACGACGAGCAAGUGAAGCGAUACGCCGUGUCGUACAUGGAGAACACAGGCAGCUUCGAGUAUUGCAGGAAAGUGCUCGCGACGCUCCUAGAUAGGGCCAGACGGUUGGUCGAGGAGUUGGAUGAGGGGGAGCAUAAGGGGAGGGGCGUGCUGAAGAUUUUGGACAAGAUGACGGUCUGAAAUGUAUGUUGUGUUAUGUUUAUGGGGAUUUUGGGGCGUUAAGGGAGAUAUCCGUUUGCUUUGAAUGCGAUCUGGAUUGAGAUCGUGCUUCAAUUUACGUGCAUGGAUUCUACCUGAUCCGACUUUGCAUUCGUGAUUUU